AUGGCUUCUCCUCAGAAUUCAUCCCACGGUUCCGAUUCCAAUUCAUCCCAAAGUUCUGAUUCCAAUUCCAAUUCAAAAGCCAUUGCUCUUCCAACACCAACUGAUGCUUCAAGGGUUCAGACGAUUCCCAAAACAUUCAAAAGCUCGAAGAGGAAAGCUGGUGUGAAGAGAAAACAUGGUGAAGCUGCAGCUGUUAGUCAAGGCAAUGUUGGAGAUGAUGAAAAUGAAGAAGCAAAAGAAGAAAAACCUGCUGGAAGAUCUUGGGUGUGGUUGCACUUCAAGAAGAUUGACAAGCCUCAGUUCGAGAUUGAGGAUGGUAAGAAAGUUCAAACUUGUGUUAAACAGAGAGCUAAGUGCAAUCACUGUGGAACUGAUCUUGCAUGUGAUAGUUAUGGAAAUGGAAGUAGUUCACUUAGGAGACAUAUACAAGAUGUGUGCAAAAAAUAUCCGGGUAGGGUUGAUUUAGAAAGUGGGCAGCAGGUAUUAAGUACCGGUGGCACUAAGGAGUUGGUGAUGGUGAAAUGGAGUCAGGAAGCUUGCAGGGAAGCAGCCUGCAAGAUGAUAGUAAUGGAUGAACUGCCUUUCAGUUUCAUCGAAAGGCCGGGGUUUAGAUACUUUUGUAGUGUGGCUGUACCUAGGUGGGAUGUUGAUAGGAGCAUAAUUAUGUGA